CGAAAAUACAAUACCAGCUCUUCAUCAAGUGAAGAUGGCAGCCUACUGGUCUCAACAAGUUGCCCGACGUUUAAUAGCAUCGGUUUGUGGCCAGAAUGGACAUCAAAAGUUCUCCUUUCAAAGAAAUGGCCAGUUUCUAAAGCAUAUGUUAAAAUUUUACCAACGAUGUGUAACUUCUAAUCUUGGGACACCAGGGCGACUACAAAUCACGAAGUCAAGGUUGACCUUUUCCCUUGCGAUCGGCACAACUGGUUUCUGCUAUGGAUUUCUUGGACUAAACUUUGGUAAACCUGAGAAGAAAGAUAGUGAUCCCCUGUUACACGUAUUUCAAGAAGCAAAAGAAGCGCAAAUUAGACAAGACUUCACCUCAGCCGAAAUCAAAUAUCACGAUGCACUCAAGGUUGCUGAGGAGAUGUUGAAGCACAAGAAAAUCGCCCAAAAAACAUACAUUUAUGCCAAAACAGCAAUCUAUGACAGUUUGGCAGACUUAGCUCUGGCCAGUGGCAAGUUGGAGAAUGCAGAGCAUCUUUAUAAGGAGACAAUGAAGGGUUGUUUGCAACAAGGGCUGACUAAAGACAGCAAUGCCAUGGUAGAACUGUCUAUCAAGCUAUCUAGCAUCUAUGCCAUGCAGAAUCGUACUGAAGAGGCAGAGCAGGGGCUUCAAUACUGCAUUCAAGUUCAGGACAUCAAACUGACAAAAGAUGUGGCAGAUGCAUCAAACUCCUCUGCUGUUUCCGAGACAACUGCAAUCUUGGAUGUGGAGACAGAAGAGUAUGAGAAGCAGGAUACUGAAGCUUUGCUUGGAAUGGCCCUGGAAACCUAUGGACGUUUCUUGAUGGGUCAGCGUCGACUUGAUGAAGCAGUCGUUGCCUUACAUCGAGCUACCGCUAUAGCUGAAGGUGUCCUUGGGGAGAACAGUGGGCAAUACUUGGUUCUACUCAAUGACUUGGCUACAGCUCAUAUUUUGCAGAAACACUUUGACACUGCUUUGAAAGUUCUCAAUAAGGCAAUUACCUUAGGGUCCAAAAACAACUCGCGGGAACUGCCAGCACUGUACUGCAAUUUGGGUGCUGUGUUUUUAAGGACUUCGAAAAUUGAUGCUGCUGCUGAAGCUUGUACAAAAGGACAAAAACUUGCAAACGAAAAACACGAUUCUCUGGCUCUAGGUAUGGCUAAAAAUUGCUUGAUGAAGAUUGAGCAGGUGAGAAAGACUCCACGGUGACAUGUUCGGAUAUCUUAGAGAAGGUCUUAUUUAUUUAUUGAACACAUCUGCUAUUACUUGCAAAAUCUACAAAUAAAGACAUUUCUAUUAGAAUCACUCUCAAUAAUAAUUGUCUAAAUGAACUUGCCUCAUAUUGUUGGACCAUAUUCAACUGUCCUUAUGGGUCAUGGUGCAGCUUGUUGCUUCUUUUCAAAAGUCAUAUGCAAAGUCUUAAAUAUUAACAGAACCGAUAUAAAUGUAAAAUAUGAUAUAAAACUCAUCAUCUAUUAUUGCUUAUGAGCUUUAAAAUGCAUUCUUUGUUCAGAACAUGAACAAUUCUUUAAUUUUCUAUGAAUAAAGAUAAUCUACAUG